AGGGACUGUUAACGGUAGGUGAGCUGAUAUAAGUACGCCAGGGAGCAAGGGGCGAAAGUUUGGGCAGAGGCUGCUCGGGGCUGACAGGCGGCGGCGGCACCACCACCACCAGGACCCGGGUUCGAAUCCCACAGCUGCAAGGAGCUGAAUACUGCUCACAUUGCCACCAACAAACACUUCUCUAGCUUCUUCCUCAACUCUACGUAUUCCCUGUUGCCAGCAAGACUGGGGAACAUAUUUUAAGCUGUUGGGAGACUUCAUUCCAGUUGUUGGACACAAUUCCAAACGUGCCAAGCUGUAAUUGUGUACCCAGUGCCCCUGUUGAAGUACAAUGGGUUGUGUGAAGAUUUGAAGCUAUUUCUGCACUGCCUUGCCUGGUCGCCAUAUUAUCAAGAAUGCAUUUGGAGAUCAAGGUGGCUUUAAAUUUCAUUAUCUCCUACCUGUAUAACAAAUUACCCCGGCGACGUGCAGACCUCUUUGGGGAGGAGCUGGAGCGGUUGCUAAAGCAGAAAUAUGAGGGCCACUGGUACCCAGAAAAGCCCCUGAAAGGAUCUGGUUACAGGUGUGUCCAUAUUGGAGAAACUGUGGACCCCAUCGUUGAGCAGGCCACAAAGAGGAGUGGGUUGGAUAUUGAAGAUAUUCGGGCUAAUGUUCCUCAAGAGUUGAGCCUCUGGAUUGAUCCUUUUGAGGUAUCCUAUCAGAUUGGUGAGAAAGGAGCUGUGAAGGUCCUCUACAUGGAUGACAAUGAAAAUAGUGCAGAAUUGGACAAGGAGAUAAAGAGCAGCUUUAACCCAGAGGCCCAGGUUUUCACACCCAUCACUGACCAGGGCAACUCUUUGUCUAAUUCCCCUUCUCCUUCUUUUGGGAAUUCUGUAAGCCCCACCUUCAUCCCAAGGUCAACUCAGCCAAUCACUUUCACCACUGCAGCCUUUGCUGCCACCAAAUUUGGGUCCACCAAGAUGAAAACUGGAGGCCGGAGAAUGGCUCGCUCUCCCACCAAUGGUUUGAUGAAGCAGAAGGGGUUGUCCACAUCAAUGCACUCACUGGUCCUUGGAAGCAACCAGAUGCCGCCAUCCUCCCUUUCUCCAAAUGCCAAGGAAUUUGUCUACCCUGGCUCGUUGAGCUUGUACUUCGGGAAUGAAAACCAGUCAUCCUCCGGCCCAGCUCCGUUCCCUAAUGCCUUUGAGGUGCCACCAAUCUACAAUAACAACAACUUGGGUGAGAAGGCCCCAUUUGUCGAAGGACUUGACUUGAACUUGAACACCAUGCAGUAUCCUAACCAGCCAUUUCAGCCAGUUGUCUUGGCUAACUAAAAUAUGUAGUGAAGAAUCCUUUCUAUACAUAGAACUCAAAGAAGGCCAACACUAAGAUUAAAGUUGAAGAGCACUUCGGGAACAGUUUAACAUUUAACCUCUAAACCCCACUUGCAGUCUCUAAACAGUGUUCACCAUCUCCUAAGUUUUCAAAUUUUUUUGAAAUUUGUUCGUCACAUCUGUACAAUCCAUAGGGAAGUUGUGGGUUUUAGAGUUAUAGUAACUUGUUUUCCUGUCAAAUUCUAUAUUCCACCCUCCCCAAACUUGGGAGGGAGGGCGGAACAGGGCACCAAAGUUCCUCUUAAAGGAAAAGUGGAUGACUGAAAUAUUGGAAUACUCCAAAUUUGAGUAAAAUAAAGUCACUAUUUGUAACUGGCAGUCUUAUCCAUUUUUCGCAGUAGUUAGAUUUGGGGCAUUACCUCACAUCUGUGCCAAUAUUUCUGUAUUUGAGUUUGCACUGUAGUAACAGCUGUAUCAGGGUUGUUAGGAGAACACACUAUUUCCCUUUUUCAAAUUAUUGCUAUAGUGCUACAGGAUGGGAAGCCAUGGCUGACAAUUAAGUUUGGCAGGUUCAUGGUGAAGCAGAAUUCUGCCAAAUAGCAUUUAAUGCAAUUAGUGUAUGUCUUAACUGGUUCAAACUGGUUGUCCAAUGAGUCUUGACAUUGCUCCUGUUUGCCCUCACUCCCCCUCCUUUUAAAACUCCAAGUGUUGUCAAAAAGAACACCUCGCUCUGAACUGCAGCAGAACCGGUCAUCUUGGUGUUAAAGGGCUUUGAAGUUCUUCGUCCAUGCUAAUCUCCUCAUUUGGAUUACUACUGUACAAUGGCAACUAGCAAAAAAAAUCUUGUGAAGCUGUGGCAUGUACUGUGGAUCCUGCUAUUUGGACAAAAUACUUCACUGCAUUGUGCUAGCUGGUUUAAAGUUCUACGUUGAAGAUCUACAGUACUUUGCAUCUUACUGAGAACCUUCUAUGUCAAUAUGCUGCAAGUUUGAUGAAGUGAGCACUUAACAACUAUUGUGCCAGAAGAAGCUGUUUCAGAGAUUUUUAUGGGGUGUUUGUUUGCAUCCUAGAUAUUGGUGAACUUUUGGGGUACUUUGUUUUUUUUUUAAAAAAAAAAAAAAACUCCUUUCUCAUUUUCCAGUUGGGCUAUUUGAGCUAUGCUGUUUGUUCCUCUUCCUACUUGUGAAGAGAAUGAUGCUUCACUUGGUCUAUGGAUCAGUCACCACCCCCUCCAAAAGAGUCAAAUGUUUGGCUAGUGAGGGGAAAGUACCAAACCUCAGGAAGAAUUUCUGUUGUGGGUGCUCCGAGACAUUCACCUCAACUGAGAUACGACUGAAAUGGCAAAUGAGAAAAGAUCAAAGACUGCACUGGAUUUGAGUAACUGGAACCAGGGAGUGUGUUUUGUGAUACUUUAUCUGAAGCUGGUCAGGAAUUGGGUGCAUGAGCCAUGUUUUCCAUUGAAAAGCCCUGCCUCUCAACUAGUUCUUACUGUGUUCAGCUGUUUAUGAUGAUGUACCAGGUUCACACCAUAUGUCCGUGUCCAACGCAUGAGUGGGAUCUAAUCCUAGGAAGGAUGAGAGUGACCAAAUUAGAAUUGUAUCUUCUUACCAUCCUCCCUUCCCAGUUGUCAGCACCUUUUUUAAAUAAAUGUUAUGUCCUGUACAUUGGCUAUUUGAGGUGCUGCACUGCUGGAGCAUUCCUGUUUCCCACCUUCAGUUUUUCAAAUCCAGUAUUGACUACCUACUUAAGUUAUGUUCUCAUUCUUCUGUCUAAUUUAAAUGACAAUCCAAGGACCCCUGUUCCUUCAGCCUAUAAGGAAUAGCGGAAAAUGUCUGGGGUCAUUGUUUUGCAUAUGGUCUGAACCCAACACUCCACUGGAAAAGUUGAGUUCAAGUGAGUUUGCAGUCCUUGUUGCAAACAUUGCAGUCGAAUGUCCUUCGGUCAUAUGCACAACUCCCAAGAAACUGACCCCCUUCAGAAGGUUUGUCCUGAAUUUGCCAGUUAGGGCAUUUCAACUGUCUGUUGUGAUGGCUUGCUACAGCCUGGAUUUCACAAACCUCUCAGCAGCACUUCAACUAGGUCACAGCUAAUUCUGUAACUGAAGUGUCACAUGGUGUUGCUGUGGGGAGGUUGGGGAAUGUCAGGGGUGGGGACUUGCCACACCUGUUUUUGUAGUGAAUGUUGAGGGAACUCCAGAGGCAACUGUAGCUGCAUGUGCUGUAUACAGCAUUCUAUCCAGAACCCUUUGUGUUCCUGUAUUGUAAGAUCAUAAUGCUUGUUCAGUCACUGUUAAAACAUUACCACAUGUUCAGCAGUGUUUACUACCUUCUUACAAUUUACAGCAACAAAGAAUACUUAAAGUUCAAGCAUUGUCCUUGAAACACAAGCAAUAUUUAAAUUGUCCAGGGUGACCAGCUUGGUUCAUCAGUUCCAGAAAUGAGCAGCAAUGAGAUCAGUUUGCUAAAUAUUUUACCCCAAUGCUUUGGAGCAUUGCUGACUAAAUUUUUGCUGCAGUUGUAAUUAAAAGUUUUUUGUUAGAAUAGUUGAUUAGUUGAUCCUAAUGGGGAAAAAAUAUGGGCUUUGGCAUAACAGCAAAUAUUUAUAAAUGUAUUGUGAAUCUAAGCAGGAGACCUUGAACUGUUUACAACCUGAGAGGUACUAGGCGUGCUCCAUUCACUAAGAAUAUUCUGGACCUCAAAAUAGCUCUUGACUGCUUGUUGUAACCCCUCCUAAACAACUGACUAAACUGCUAAGCAGCUUAUUUCAAACAAAAGGAUUCACUUUAAAUUUAGAGAACAUGUCUAGAACAGCUGCAGUAAAUUGUUUUAAGGUGGGUGAAGUUCUGAGUUGGACUUUGGUAUUUGCAAGCCAGUUUUUCACGCUACAUUCUGAUGUUACUGAAGCAGGGAAGUUGGGAGAGAGACUCGUAGGCCUGAGCCAGGUUCAUUCAGCUUGCUGUUCUUUAAAUCACUUAUUGCAAACUACUCUUUUGGCAAAGGUAGCAAUCUGCUCAGACCUUUUUCUAGUAUUGCUGUACUAGAGGCUAUUAGAGAUAACAGAAAUGUCUUCUCUGAUUUAUUUCCCCUUCCCCUGUGGGAGUUGUGCAGGUUUUUAUAUCGCAACCAAACAGUGCUGCUGAACUGGGAGGAAUAGUUGGGUCCAAUGUUAAUUUUCUUUCAGAGGCUGUAACCUAUACCAUUGUAUUACAUUUCAGGCAGGAUUACAGCCUUUUUGGGGUAAGGGGUAAGAAACAUUAAACUACCUGUGUCACUCUGAAACAAGAGCAGGUAACCUUGGACUCCUAGAUCUUUGCUUAUGAGACACUUGCUGAUGUAUUCCAGAAUCAAGUGCUAGCAUUCCUGGGGUUACUUUCAUUUAUUACUUUGAGGAAAUUUCCUACCAUUCCAGUCUGUUACUGAUGAAAUGGCGGUCUUUGGCAUUUGGCUCUUUCUUGGCCCUCUGGUGAAAUUUGCUGUGCUGAUGAUCUGUACCCAGGACCUGAGUUAGUGAGGGUGCCAGCCCCACCCCUGUUGCUCAAUUAUGGGCAAGCAAGCCAACCUUGCUAGUAGUCCUAGCAUUAAUGUUACUGGGAAUAUUGAUUGCUGAACCAUCACUGGCUCUGCUGCUUCAACCUGGCUUGUGUUCUAUAGUGUGGAAUCCUUUCCCUAAACACUGAAAUGAAAGCAAGCACUUUUCAAAAAAAACAACUCACUGUGGGUACUGCACAGAAACCUGAAAGGUCAGACUACAUGCUUUCUUUUAAAGUUCUUUAUGGUCUUGAACUGUAGUGACAGUCCUAAAUUUAUUGAGCCUUUUUAUAUGCACUUAAUGAACAAGAAUAAGUCCACUGAUAGAAUAAAGGGAUCAAGGAUGGAUCAGUAAAUUGAAUAUGGUCUAAUCCAUUUGAUUACUGUCCCAACAAUUCCAUAAGAAGUGAUGCAUCCUGAGCUUAACAACUGCAGUUAAAUGUACCCAUAUUAAGACUGAACCCACUGCUAUAGUAACUUUACCUAAUGAUACUGUGUAAGAUGCAGCAUUAAUGGACCUUUUUAAGCUGAUGUGGUAGCACUGAGCCUGUCCCUGUAGUUGCCAGGUUUUCUUCUCCCCUCAUUUCUCUUGUUCCAAUCUGAGCAGUAUUAAUAGUUAGCAAACCUAUACUGGUGGAAUUGCAAACUGGAGUUGGUAUCCACUGAUCAUCUCUUACAUUCUCUCUUUUACUCCUUUCCAAACUAUUCCCCCCAACUACUGCCACCGCCCGCCCUCCCAGCAAGAGCAAAGUGGCUUGCUGGCCUCAUCACCCUGAACUGUUGGAGUGCAAUAUGUGAGCAGCAAUGCUACCAUACCUAUAUCUUGUGGCAAUUAUUUAGCAAUUGUGUAAGUUUAUAAACAAGGGUUGCAUUAAACACUAAUCUGGUCAUAGGUUUCUGCAUUUUAUAAACAAGAUUGUAUUGCUAUCUUUCAUGAAGUACAGUUCACUCUUUGCUUUUUUUUUUAAACCCUUUGCAGGUGAGUGGUGUGCUAUGUUGGGGGCAGGGGAGGUUUGGAGAAGCUGCAGUGAGAAUUGGUGAUGGGUAAAGAAAAGGACCACUGCAAAUUUUGCUGUUCAGUUCUUCUAGGAACACUUUUUGAAUUCUUGGCUUUCUAAAUGAAAACAAUUUCUACAUUGCAUAUUCAUGUUCAACGAGCAUUCAGACUCCUCCAGUGUUCCUCCAUGUUCCUGUCAUGUGGAAGGAUGCUGUGAUACCCAGGUAAACACCAGGAGGGCCGGCAAAAGGCGAGUAAUGUUGGGAAGUAGGUGAGGUGCCUCAUGAAUUCACUGUAUGCUGAGUAGAAAGAGGCAGCCUUAAUUUGCUAGGGGCAAAGGGUUUUCAAUUGGGUUAAGAUGAUGGCAGCUUAGCUGUUUCACCAUCCCAGAGGAGGCAGGUUUGACAUGUAAACCUGAGGUGUCUUCUGACCAGAUCUUGCAGCUUAAGAGGGUAAGCAGCACUGCAGUUUGUGAUCAACUGCCCCCCACCUCCAUGUUUGCAGCUUUCAAAUGUGAUAAUCCCCACUUUUUCGGAACCUGUAUCUCAGAUUUCAUGACUAGAGGGCAGAGAAAAAUCCAUUGACGAGUGCUGUUACAACUAGGUCUUUGACUCGUGGCAAUGAUGGUGAGUUUGUAAUCACCUUGGAGCUAGUGAAACUGUGUGCUACACCAGUUAUGAUGUCUACUGAGUUUUCUGACUUGAAAAAGAAUAAAAUGUUCAAGGGAGGGGGAUGUGUGUAAACUCGGAGAUGCGUAAUAGCCUAGUUUCUAAAUAACUAACUACUUGGCAUCCCUAUUUCAUGAGGUUUGAGGGGGGAGGAUGAGAGAAACUGAAAUGUUAUUUUUUUUUUAACUCCCUCCCCCCCCCCCCCCCCCCCCCCCCCCAAGUGUUCUUCAUUGAUGUAUUAUACAGAUGUUAGCUUUCUUUACUUGAACAUUAAAAACACUGCUUGGUUUUAUUUUUAUUUUUAAUGGAUUUGGCACUAACUGAUCGAAAUCUUUAAGUUUCCUUUUCUUCCUUUUGGUUUCCUUUUGCUUGAAUGAUUUAAGAUGUUUGUAAAGGUUAAGAGUAUAUAUUUCUAAUGUACAUUGUAAUUUCAUUUCAGAUUUCAUAUGCAACAAAUUAUUUUUUCAAAAAAAUUGAAAACCAAGAGAUAUUGACAUUGUAUGCUUCAGAAAAAGACAAAACGAUGGCAGGAUUUUUUCAAAUUAUGUACAUUUUACUUUCUCAAAAGGAAUGGUUAUUUUCUGUUAAGGAAAGCGGAUGCAAAUAAUUCCUUUAUUGUAGACUGAAUAAUAUCCCAAUUUUCUACUUUGGAACAUUGUGCAAUACUUGCUUGAUGCUAAAAUGUUUUUUGCAGAUUUGUUGUAGGUGAGGUCAGAGCUGUAUAGUUUAUAAUGUUCCGGAUCUUUUUUAAGUUUGUAUUAAAAGCAUGAAAAUUGGA